GUUUGCGCGUAAACAUUUAUAAUUACACUAGUUCCAAUAAUAAACAGUGCGAAUGCAGCGUUUUGUGAAGCACUCCAAGGUCAUUACCAAGUAAACCCAGCUGUUUGUCAUAGAGAUCGACCGACGAAACCAAUCCGUACAAAAGAAUAACCCCGAGGCUGCUGCUCCUGCUGCUUAUGGAGUAGUACCAUGCUGCAGCAAUUCAGUUGGUUCUCUCGACCUUUCGGUGCGGCGCGCGUUGGCUUCUCCACAAAAGAAUUAUAACAUAAGUUUCUCGAGUAUGAAACAGUAAUAAAAAAACAGUCGUACAACAGCAAAGUUUAAAUGCAGUGGCGGGUUGGUGUAGGUACUUAACUACCAGUUAUUCGGAACAAAGAAGGUGGCAAGCGUUGCAAAAACGAAUCUGUGUGCUGGAUUCGCAAUUGGAAACUACGACCAUGGAGUUUCUAUCGCCAAGCCAAUCGAUAAUUCGAAAUGACCUCGUCGGCCAACCCCGUAGAUCAAGACGGUGAACACGUCGACAUCAAGGAGAGUACGACAGUGACAACGAUACACAAAAUAUAUAGGGGAGACAAUGAAAACUUAGUGAUCAGAGAUUCGAACAAUAGGAGAAGUUUUAUCAAUCGACCCGCGUACGCCAAACUGCAUCGCUCGUUUAGUUCUGGAAGUAAACGGCACAGUGUCGACAAUUUGAAAGGGCGUUUCGAAAGUUUAGCCCGGCAGAGCUCUAAAGAGCAGAACCAAAGCGACGACAAAAACACCCAAGUUCCUAUCGAGCCCAAAAAAGAAGAAUCCAAGGUGGAAUCUCCGCCUCCCGAAGAUACUAAGCAAGAAGUUUUUACGCCGGCAAGUUUUGGUUACCCUAAGACUGCCAAGUUGGUACCACCUCUUAUUAAACCCAAACCUGUUAUUAGAAAAAGGUCGUCCAAAGAUGAAAAUUCGAACGUGGUGAAUCGACAGUCACAGGCGAGUGAUGUAGAGGAAGUUAACAUCGUCCUGCAACCGUCCGCAUCUGAAGAGAGUGUCGACAAAAUAGCCAAAGAGUUGUCCAGUUUUACGAUGGACGGUAAACCGAAGGACAGAAAACGCGUCGGCAGCUUCAGGAAGUUAUUUUUGGGUGGGUUGUUUGGGAAAGAUAAGAAAAAGAAAGAGGAAGAAAAGAAUAAGCAAAAAUCGGGCGAUAACAUCGUUUACAAUGAUAAUAUAAAGAAUGAGACGAGUUUCAAUCGGCGAUCGCCGUCACGACAGACGGCGCCUAGUCAGAGGACUAUUGAAGAUCUGUAUUCGCAGAGGCCUCACAAUAUUAGGGAACAAAGGAUGCAAGAAUAUCACGAACAGAGGAUCAGAGAGCUGGAGCAGGAGUACGCCCAUUUACACGUAAACCAUUUCAAUUCGAUUCGUCAGAGUUUUAACGACGAAAGAAACGAUAAUUACGUAAUUAUGGAUAAUAGCAAGACGAAACCAACGAUAACAGACUACAUCAGUACUCCCGUUAAGUACAUUGAUACCAGUUCUUCGACCAGCGCAGAAUCAGAAAAGCCGAACGACGUUACGGCUCGCGAUACUCCACCGAGGGCUCAAGAAACUUACCAAAAUAUUAGCGUGGUUAAGCCAAAGGCGGCGAUAUCUAUCAACUCCGAACGGCCACCCCCAAAUCCGCACGAAAGCGAGAAAGGGAGUCCUAGAACGAUCGAAAGGAAUUUGAACAAAAGCGAUGGAAAAGAUUAUCCAGACAAAGUCAGUUUCGCUACGAGACAAGAAGAAACGCAAGGUACAGUUUUCGAUAGCAUAUCUCGUAGUGCUGACACAAAACCAGUGAACUCAAGACCCCCAUUAAGUCCUCCGAAAUCGCUCUCGCUAGAAAGUACUAAGUUAAAACUGCCGCCGAACCGCGAGAUUUACGAACCUCAACCGAGAGUGAAGUCGCCAAUUCCUGCUAACAAAGUGAGCACCGAGAAGAUAAUAGCUACGGAGCUAUUAAAGAAUGUGAGAUCACCGACACCACCGAAGCGUACUGUGUCGAAAGCCAGUGACGAAGUAGUAACGAUCAAACCUCCGGUGUCGCCCAAAGUGCCGAAGAAUCAAGAAGUUCAAGUUGAUAGAAUCGUUACUAACGCACUGGUGCAUGUCCCGCAGCGCUCUCAAACUCCUUUGGAUAAUAGGACUUACGUCAACGUCCUACCGAAUCCUAGGGCGUCCACUCCUGUGGAUUUACGAAUGUCGGUGUCCAUGAAGAUGUCGCCGAAGAAAGAAGAUGUGAGAAAGAGCGUCGAAGAGUACUAUUGGAAACAGCUGAAGAAAUUAAAAGAAGAGGAAGAUUCUAGGUUACACCAGUUACAAAUGAACGGCUAUUACGAAGACCAAGCAAAGUUAAGACGUUCGAGAAGUUUGUCGCCGUCCUCGCAUAGGGUUGGCAGGCGAAGUUUGAGUUUACCAAGAGAUACCAGAGGUCAGAAUUAUGUGGAAUAUGGGCGGUUACCGCCACAACAAUCGAUUCCUGAAGAUCAAGCUUUGACGACGACGGAUGGAGUCAGGCAUUUCGUCUAUGACCAGAACUUCAUCAGGAAUAAUCCUGAACGAAGAUCGGUCGAUAGUCUACAGAGGCCCAUAUUUAGACGUGGAAGUCUGACGAAGCAAGAAGUGAUUUACGACGGAAAUCCGUACAACAAGAGAGUGAGUUUUUCAAACUCACAAUCAGCUCAGCAGGCGUGGCCUACCAGAAACGGUUACACUCAAAAUCCCCCCCAAAGGCGACUAGAGAGAGUCGAGUCAGACCUGGACGAUGAGGUGUUCGUCCAGCCGGAACCACUUUAUGGAUAUAGUAAAUAUAAUGUCCAAAGGGAACCUCUUUACAGUAACAGAGUUCUCGAGCAGUUUAGGGCACAGAAGUACGAUGAGACGCGUCAGCAGCCGCUCUACGGACAGGCGCCUCCGCAGAUGGGCGUUCGACGCCUCUCCAUGGAUUCGAUACCGCGUCAUCAAGACAUCUACGGUCUACGACCUCAGACGGUACGCAGACCCGUCUCCAAUGUUCCCCAAUUCGACGAUUACGACCACGGCAACGUCGUAACGUACCUCAGCAACUCCCAGUUGUCUCUCCAACGCAACCCCGUCUACUCUUCCCGCCAGAGCAUAACAGACACAAACUACGGUCAAAAACAGGUCACCGUCAGAAAUAAAUACUGCGAUAUUUAUGGGCAAAUCCACGACUCGCCCAAGACUGGUGUCGUUAUGGGUCAGCUACAGAACGCAUCGGUACCGCCACCUCGGCAACGCGACAAUUUCGUGCGCGGUUCGCGCUUAACGUCGAGUGCCAACGACGUCGGUAGACGUAACAACACUCGAUAUUUUUACGACACGAAUUACGAAAAUCGACCGUUGCCGCCCCCGCCGCGGCAGACGCGAAACAACCAAAUAUCGGAUACGGAAAGCGGCUCGGACGUAAGCGAAAUUCAGAGGAUUAUGCAAAGCAAAACGAAAAAACGUGCCUUUUUCGAUGAAGAAUGGAACGCCGACGGGAAGCCUGGAAGAAGCCCUUCCGGUAACGACAGUGGGCGCAGCGACAAUGAAGGCGAAGUGAGAGGAGGCCGGAGCAGGAAUACGCGGCGAGACGAUCCUCGAAGGCAUACCCUUGGAGCCGAGCAACAGUACCUAGCUAUGGCAGGCCAAGGAGGACCUUUAUCCCGUACAAUGGAUCUAGAGAUGAGUUCCACGAGACCCAGAAAGGGACAACCUAGGGGAUAUCCACCACCUUCGAAUGCGAUGCUGUUCGACGACGAUCCGGGAAUUAUGUCGGAAGUAGAAACUAGUUCGACGGGCUUCCGUAGAGGUGGUAAACAGCGGAGUUCACUUCCUGUAGUACGAACGCCAAGUAAAACGUUAGAAAGACCACUAGGUUUAGUAUUCCUCCAGUACCGCAACGAAACGAAACGAGCCCUACUUCCGAACGAGAUAACGUCGAUAGAUACGGUGAAAGCCCUUUUCGUUCGAUCGUUUCCUAAACAGUUAACGAUGGAAUAUCUCGAUUCGCCCAACGUCAAGAUAUACAUUCAUGAUUCAUCGAAAGAUAUGUUUUACGAGUUGGAAGAUCUGAGCUUUGUUCGUAGGUCGCAUUUGCGGGAGAUUCGGGAUCGCUCUGUGCUGCGGCUCUUCGAAUCCGCGGAUGUUUCCGGAGGCUUACCUAUGGCGGGGAUCGGAAUUGCAGGUGGUGUUGGACAUUUUGAGGAUCCCAGUUAUUUUUCAGAGCCAGAAUUCGAUUCGGAGUACCAGCAUCAGCACAUCCACAAAAGUAAGUCUUUUCAGGGGAGCGCCGGUAAAGCACCGUAUUACAUGGGCUCCACCGCCAGCCUUCCGCGAGGCGCUACUCUCCUUCGGACUUACUCCCCCGCCGUAGGAGCUCUGCCCUCCGAGCGCUUAAAGUCUCUUCCAACAGGUGCUCCUCCCAAACCUCAACGUGCGUACUCCGGUGGGUCUACCCGCUCGAGUGACGGUCCACCUCGACCACCAGACCGAUUCGCCCCCUUCCAAAGGCCCGCCAACCCUCUCUUUAAUGUACCAGAUGGAUACAUGUCCUCACCAGAAAGAGGUUCAAGAUAUGAAGACCCUUAUUACAGCCAGUACGGAUCGAGGUCAGGAUCUAUCACGCCAGUCAUUGACGAAGAAGUUAGUGAUACGGAAUUACUAGAUGACUCGUACUCUCUUUAUGGGGUUAAAUUAGCUUCAGGAGGGUCAAGAGGAGGACCGAGGUCGCCGUUCCCGCCUCCGGCCGCCGUUCCAUAUGAUGCUACACGGUUGCGUGUAGAAAAUAUGGAGCGUCAGCUCGCUAAUUUGACAGGUCUGGUUCAAAAGGCUCUUACGCAAACUCCCACAACGCACCUGCAAGUACCGGGAAGGGAAAACUAUCGUACAGGAGACGAGUUCGAUAAGAACUCCAGUUCAAGUUCCGCCUCUUUACCAGAUGACUCGUACCUCCGAUCUGACAGCAAAACGCCCAAAUUGGGCAAAAGCGGCUGUCAUAAAUCGGUUUCUUUCGAGAAAUCUGUGUCGUUCAGUGACGAACCGCCAGACAUGAACUCGCCGAAACAGCACAGUCCGCAGCAUGCAGCGGAUACUAAACCUGCCAAACCCGCCAUAAAAUCAUCAACUCUUCCGCGGACCUCUUCGCAGGAGAGAGAUCGGUUAAAACCGGCGCCUCCACCAAAACCGGCGUCGUUGUCGCCUGGACAAUACGACGGGCGACUGUUGUACCGCGAUCUCCAGCUUACGCCAGAAAUGUACAACCAGUUGAGAGGUUUGCAGAAAAAGGCGAAAGAUUUGAGAGCGGAAGUGAGGAAUCUGAGGAGGAUGUCACAGGCUCAGGCACAUUCGGUGCGCGAAACCAUAAGGGAUACUUUCAUCAAAAUCAGAGCGAUGCUGCUGGCCGGUGGCGAACAAGUCUGGCAAGCUGGGAUGGAUCAAGAGAGGGUGCGUCUGAGCCGGGAGGAGGAUCUUUACAAGCAAGAAAUGUUGCGCCUCGAGAAGGAUCUGAGCGACCUGGAAUCAACAGUGGAGGAGUUGAGGGGCAACGUGAUCAACAGGAAGACAAGGGUGAACAUGUCGGACGUUGAAAAUAUGGCACUAGUCUUAAGUAAAAGCUCAAAAACUGUGGCCGAUUUAAAAUUAAGAUUUCCCGGCCUACAAGACGGGAUGAAAACUUUCCUGAGUUCGGAGAUGGAGAAAGUGAUGAGGGAGGAAAAGUUCCUAAAAGAAGAGCCCGAACGACUGGAGAGCGCUUUAAGACGGUGUAAAAAACUUACAGGGACUCUAGUCACGUUAAAAAGACUUGCAAGUGUUCAAGAGCAACGCCUUCCUUGCUCAAACUCAUCGACUGACGGUCGCCUAUCGCCCACGGUGACCGAAACGCCACCUAUAACACCUACGUCAGCGUCACAACAUAGCAAGCCCCCUUCCGGCGCAGCACGUGUGGGGUCGCUCGGCGUCGGGGGAGACGCCGUCAACACCCCCGACAGUACCCAGCGUCCGGAGAACGCACUCGACGCUUUGCUAGACGAACUGCAGACAUUUUCGAAACCCCACCACAACACCGAAGAGCCGCCCGCCGUCCCCACCAAGGGCAUUCCUCCUAGCCACCCUCCGAACAUGUCCGAGAUCGGGCGGAAGGGCAGCAUGGACUCGGCCACGUUCCUUCCCACGCAGAAUUUAACCGUGAGCACGGCGACGGGCAGCCUUCGCCGCCUCCAUUCCUAUCCCAGCGGCUCGGACACGGACAACAGUCCCCCUAUCCAACCGCAGAAGACAACCACUAAGCCGCCGAUCCCCGAGCGAAACGCCGAGCUGUUGCAGCACAUCACGGGACGGCGCGUGCCACCUCCACCGCCCCCGCGGACGAGCUCCAAGUCGCCGCUGGCGUCGCCCACGUCGCCCAGUUUGCCUCCCAGAUCUCCGGCCGCCGGGUUGCAACAUAUCCAGAACGUGCAGAACAUGGUCGAGAGCAAGGGGCAGUUCGCGGCGGAGAAUAAGCCGCAGAGUCAGUUCGAGGCGGCCACGCAGAACCUAGGAUUAGCGACCCUGCGGCGGAACGUUCCUAGUAGGUCUAGCGUGAAAGACAAGGCUCAAACUUUGCCUAGGAACAUCGGCUCGAACCUGCAGAUACCGCAGGAGAACGAGACGAUCUCGGCGAGCAACAGCAGCAGCUGCGAGAGUGUCAACUCGCAGGAUGGCUCGAAGAAGACGCGGAAGGAGGAGCUGGAGCAGAGACACCAGGAGCUGUUGAAGAAACAGAAGGCGUUGCAGGAGCAGUACGCGAGGCUGCAGCAGCUGCAGAGAGGCAACAAUACGCUGGCGGUGGUGCCGCCUACUCCCGACCAACUCCUCAAGAAGACCGGAAGCGAAUCGAAUCUGCUCCAAAAGAUGGGACUCCAAAUGUCUACCUCACAGAUCACCGGCUCGUUGACGAAUCUUCCAAACACCACAGCGAAUUCUGUUAACAAAAACACAUUGACCAAUACGCAGACGACUAGCAACAACGCGGAAGAACAGACCACCACUACGACGAAUAAAGUUUACGAAACUGACAUACUGUGACCAAAAAGACGAUUGCAAUCUGUAUGUUGAAGAAUUUGUUGCACUCGAUAUUCAUAUCACGACUGGAUUGUUACUUUUGCUAUUUACUCAGAUUGAAUGUAGUCAGUGUUUAAUAACGGUUAGGGAAUUUUAUCCUUUUCGAUCUUAAUGUUUAAUCAGAGGUGCGUAAUUUUACGAGCGGACGUAACGCGACCCGGUUCCUCAAACUUGAAACGCUCUGUGGUUUCAAGAUUUACUAUUUGCUGCGACGAGCAGAAAAACAACGCCCAAAUUUUACUUUUUCAAUAAAUACAAGUUUUUGUUCUCAUUUCUUAAAAUUCGUUAAUCUAGUAACGAGCGCCCACUCGUAGUGUUUCCCUUUCUUUAGUCUCGCCAGAUUCUGCGAUGGGCAUUCCUUGAGCGUUUGUAAAAUUACGUACAAUGAGUUCUAAUUGAAGCGACGGUAUUUGUUUCCUUCAUUUUUAUCAGAAAUUCGUUAUAACUCUCACAAAAUUGUACAUGUAAUCACGUAAAGAUUGCAAAAAUUGUAUUGAUGCACUCAUUGGAUAAUUAAAACACCACUAAAUUGAUUAUACACGUUGUACAUACUUAGGAUGUUUCUUUCAAUUUGGAUUACGUUCGGUCGCUUUAUGUACGAGUUUUUGAUAAAUUGUUUUUAAAGUUGUUGACUAUUAUAUUGCUCAAACUAUAAAUUUACCAUGUAAUCAAAGAUGUUGCACACUAUAUUUAACUGUGGUGUUUUCAGAUGUUCAACCAAUAUUUUCUCGACGUUCUUUUUUAAUUUCAUACACUAAACCAUUAUUUUUGGUUGUUAUCUUUAAUAACCGCAUUUAAAAGGAAAUCCCAAGAUGAAUCAAUUUAUAAACAUACUAAUGUAAUAAACUGUACCACAAUAAUCCACAAUCCCCCACCAACAAUGUGAUUAAUCAGUUUUGCAUUUUUAUAUGUGCAGUAGAAAAAAAAGCAGAGUUCCCGUAGCUGAUGUUUUACUACUGUCAGAUAUGUUUUUCUAAAUCCUAUCAACAAAAUUCACACAUGGCAUUGUACAAAAUCCAAAGCGUAAAUGGCCACUAGAACGACUGGUGGGCUGCAUGUGUAUUUAUUUCUGACGAUAGAAAGAACAGAAUACGCGCCAAAAACCCAAGACUAAUAACCGAUAACUUAUGAAUUACAAAACAGUAUUAUGAUACAAUGACGUUUUGUUUGUCAUUAACGGAUACCAACUCGGUGUAAUUUUUGAUCAUUUAUUUGCAACAUAGUCACAAUAGAAUUAAGCGACAAUUUCUAUUUAAAUGAAUGUAAAUAAUUUUAUUUGUUGAAUGAGAAGUGGUGGCUGCUAAGUAUUAGGUGCCAAUGUAAUUAAAAGUUGUAACUAAAUAAAAUAAUUAAUAAUA